CAAAGCAUUCAUUUUGAUCUAGGCUACCGGACAACUGAAGGGUAUAAUGUUUAACUCUUUCAAUCUAGGCAACUUCUGCUCCCAGUCUUGUAAACAAAGGACUUCCGAGUUUGGAGAGCGGGCGGACUGCGCCUCGAAACUCUUCCUCCCCAUAACCUAUUACGCCCCAGAAUGUUCUACCGUUUCUUCGCUUUUACCACAAGCCCAGUCACGGCAAAUCACAUAUUCGUAUUCCACUAACUUCACGCAAGUUCCGCCAGUCAGGGAUUUAUCAUAUGAGUUGAAUCAGUCGGGUAAGUGGCACCAUAGGGGGAACUAUUGCUCUUAUGCGGAGGAGGACAGAGAUUGCCUUCCUCCGCCAGCCAUGACGGAAAAGUGGAUGAAGAACGAAAAUGUCUACAGUCACCACCACUAUCACCCGGGUAUUAACCAUUCCAGCACUGGCUUUUACUCCAGCACUGGAAAGACCAACGUUUUUCCGCAAAGUUUAAGUCGUUUUUUGGACUGUUCCAAUAGCGGAUUGGAAGAUAACGGUUUGCAGAAAGGCAGCUCUGGAAAGCCUGAGUCUUCAGUCCUCGUCAGUGCUGGAGAUGUAGAGAAAGAGCAUGAGAAAAACAGGACCUCGGGGACAAAAAACGACAACCAAACAAAAUCCGCUACCCCACGAGUGAGGAAGAAGCGAUGUCCAUACACCAAGUUUCAGAUCCGAGAACUGGAGCGAGAAUUCUUCUUUAAUGUUUACAUCAAUAAAGAGAAACGGCUUCAGCUCUCCAGCAUGUUAAACCUCACUGACCGACAGGUCAAGAUUUGGUUCCAGAAUAGACGGAUGAAGGAAAAGAAGUUAAGCGGAAUUCACCUGCAAUAUUUUUCUGGAACCCCCCUAUUGUGAACUGUGAACUUUUCUUCGAAGGACAAAAAUUAUGUGACUUUUGAAAGCAAACGGAGCCGAUAUUUGUGUAUAGUUGUGUAUAGAGUGAAUGU